AUGUCUCGGAACGGCCGACACCGGAAAUGGUGGAGCAGGCUGAGUUGUUUGAACCUUGCUGGAAAGCUCCUGAAUGAAGCCGGAAAGCCACCGCGUGAAUGUAUCGUUGUGCGAGCACAAGCAGAAAGCGAUAUUGGAAAUGCCAGAGCAGUGCUGGUGGAGACGCUUCGCUGCCGUGCUGAAGCCGCAGUCACCAGACGUGGCCCUACAGAUGGAUAUACCCUCCAGGCAUUGAGCCGGCUGGCGUCGGUGCUCGAAGACCGCGGCGACCUGGCAGAGGCCGAGGCGCUGUGUCGCCGCGUCUUGGAGGGCGACGAGGCGCAGUGGGGUGCAGAGCACCAACAGACCCUGACGGCGCUGAGCAAUCUCGCGAGCGUCCUGAAGCAGCAGGGCAAGUAUGAGGAGGCUGAAGCACUUUAUCGCAAAGCGCUGGAAGGAAGAGAGGCUCGACUUGGUGCCCGGCACCUCGACACCCUCCUGUCUCUCAGUAAUCUGGCCAGUUUGCUGUGGAGGCAGGGCAAGUUCGAGGAGGCUGAGGCCCUAAACCGAAAGGCACUGGAAGGAAAGGAGGCUCAACUUGGAGAUAGGCACCCCGACACGCUGAGCUCACUCAACAAUCUGGCCGCUUUGCUGUUUGGCCAGGGUAAGCUUGAGGAGGCGGAGCCCCUCUUCCGCAGACAAUUGGAAGGAAUCGAAGCUCAGCUUGGAGCUAGUCAUCCCAACACCCUUACCUUCGCCAACAACUUGGGGGUUCUCCUGCUGGAUCGGAGGAAGCUCGACGAGUCAGAGGUGUUCUUGCACAGAGCCGUGGAAGGGCGAGAAGCCCAGCUGGGCAGCCAUCAUCCCGAAACGCUCCGCUCCGUCUACCACUUGGCCCGUCUCAGUGCGGCUCAAGGGCGCUUGGAGGAGGCCCAGUCGCACUUCCGCCGGGCGAUGGAAGGGCAAGAGGCCCAGUUAGGAGUUAGACAUCAGGAGACUCUGGACUCGAUAUCUGGUCUGGCAAAGCUCUUGGAGGCCAAAGGCUCCAUGGAGGAGGCACAAGAGCUCCGCUCCAAGGGCAGUUGA